UGGAGAGAACGCGCUCAUUUUCUUGGGAAAGUUUUAAUGUACUAAAAAGCCACAUAAUGUUUGGCUGGUCGCCGCCAAAUAUUCUGGCGACUUUAGUACUAUUUCAUUCUCUCCUCCUUCACCUCAAAUUGUCGCCAAUACAAGCCAAGCCGUACCCUCAACGAGAUCUUCUGAGUACAUAUACAACAGGUAACCUAGGAGGCUUGAAUGAAGGAGAUUGGCCAGACUAUAUAAACUAUAAAAAUGGCGACUAUAUAGAGAGAGAUAAGAGAAGUCCAACCGAAGUCGAGGACAGAUUGCCAAACAGUAGAUAUGAACAAUCGUUAACUGUAGAGCCUCGAAAGAGGCAGGGUAUUGAAACGCCUAUACAGCCUUUGACUUCAGAUUCUCGUUUGGAUAAAGAUACUUUAUCACACUUAAAUACUGAGGAGAAUGUCCGCUCUAAAGUCGACCAGCCAGAUAGUGAAUCGAUUGGCGUCCCAGUCGAGGAAGAAAGAAAAGUCUCUAAUAAUAAAGCCAUCGACAGUUCCGUUGCUGACCAUCGGCAAGAGUCGAUGGAAAAACCUGACAGCAAUAAACAAAAAACAGAGAAAUUAUUGAAAGGAGAGGAUUCUUCAAGUAAGGACAAUGGGAACAAUGUUCAAAAACAGCAAGGAGAAAGUGAGGAAAUAAAAACGGAAAACAAUGGCAAGAACGAUAAAGCUGAUUCAAAUAGUGAAAGUAUAAACAGUACUGAAAGCUUUGCAGAGAAAAACAGUGCAAACGUUCAGGAAAGCGAGACAACAGCGAGCGCGGUUGUUGAUGAAAAUGCACAAGUGCGUAGUGUUCAGCAUAACGCUGACACGACUAAAAAGUUGGAAAAUCUUCCUAAUGACAAGAAUGUUGUCAAAUUUCCUGGGUCUCUAUCACAGUCAGGAAAUAGUGUAGCUGAUGCAGUUAUCGCAGGCAAGCAAGCAAGUCCACAGGAGGCUCAAACAUUAACAAAGGACAGUGUCAAUAAACAGGUCAGUGGUGAUGAAACCAAGGGGUCCUCUGAUAAAUUAGAAACACAAGACACAACAAUAAAAUCACGUAAUCAAAACACAGCAGCUUCUGGACUGGGAAGCAAGGAUAAUUUUUCAAGUAAAACGCAGUCAUCACCUCAAGAAAGCGAAGCAGCAAUACACACUGUGCCUCAAAUUCAAAAUGCACCCGUUGGACCAGUUCGAGACGCCUUAGGAAACAGUGGAUCGGAAAUUGUGACAACUCGUGGCGCUUCUGAUCUUGAUUCAUAUGCUGAUAGAGACGGUGAACAAAAACAAUCCAACGGGCCUGAAGUUGGACAUUUUCAAGUAGACGAUAAAUCGGCUGAUUUGGAAAUAAACGCAAAUUCUGCUGGAGUAAAAGUCAAAGCCAAACCUGCUUCUUUACAGGUGGUUUCACGCCCAGGUUCUCAUUCUGCGUCAGCGGCUGCACAGGAACGAUCGUUUUACCACCACUAUCACUAUCCACCAUAUCACCUCCAUCACCACUGGUAUCCUGGCAUGAGAAGAUCAUAUGGACAUUUUCAUCGUCGUAAUUUUUACCAUCCAUAUAACUCUUUCCCUGAAAGACGUGGUUUUGAAAGUUUUUACGACGAGGCACCAUUUUACCGCCGUCAUCUACAUUACUGGUACCCUCACCAUCAUCGACACCAUUUUCGCGAUUCUUAUUUAUACGAGAGGUCGCGAAUGGAGCAGCCCGAGGAUUUCCCCGAGCAUCAUAGUCGAAGACGUCACAAAAGGCGUUUCCGACACUUGAACGGUCCAUAUAGACGACAGUAUUACAAUAACAUACCGAUAAUGAACGGCAUGGAAUCUCCGCAGAUGAAUAUGAUGCCUGAAGAAGGGACAAUGCCACAGCUACCGAUUGGAGGGGGAAUGCCAUUUACCCAACGACAGAACAUAAUAUCUCCAAUGCCUCCACCCAUAAACGUUGAUGGUAAUCCACCACCUGGUCUCCUCGGAGGUAUGAAUGCACAAAAUUUUAUGCUGAAUGGAAUGAACGGACUAAACAAUUUAAACGGCGCGAAUCAAAUUAACAAUAUGAACGCAUUUAGGGGUAUCAAUGACAUGAGUAAUAUAGGUACAGCAGGCCUCAAUUCGCUUGAGCCGAUGGGAGCAAUGGAAAGUUUACCAGGAGGCAUAAAUGGUGGUAUGCAAGGCAUGGCACCUACCAGCGAAAUCCCUGUAGGAUCACUAGGUACCAGGAAUGUUAAUUCACCGCCCGAGGCUCCUAGAAUGGCUUUUAAGAAAACUAAAAUUCUGUCAAGUAAGAAAAAUAACGAAAGUGAAACAAACAAUCACGAUGCACGAAAAGCACCUUUGAACAAACAGCAUGAUGCAGGGAAGGCGAACAAAGGGAAAGUAAACAUUGAAAGUUGGGAAAAAACUUUAAAACGAUAUCACCGUCUGAACGUAUUUACCUCAAAAAAACACGAGCGACAUCAAUACCGGAGAAAUGCCAAAUUGGACGGAAAGAAUACCGAUAAAAAAGAUACAAAGAAACAUCACUUGUUGCACCCACACGCACAGCACCCAAAGGAAGUAAAAGGAAGUCGUAAAAAUUCAAUCGUCAUGCACCGUCCUCCUAUCAUCUAUCACCCACCACCAGAGAUUUAUCACAGACCUGAUAUUGUGGUUCACCGAGCACCAAUAAUGCUGCAUCGACCACCAAUAAUUUACCAUCAGCCUCCCGUAGUCGUUCACCGACCAGCAAUAAUAUAUCACCAACCACCAAUAGUAUUCCAUCAACCUCCGCCAGUUGUUCAUCAGCCAAUUUUACAUUCGCACGAUACUUGGGUUGCAAAGCCUGUGGUGUAUCACACAGCAUCAAUGGUUUCCCAUGCGAAGACAUACUAUGGAGUUCCAUCUCAUGUGUACGCUGGUGACUUCGGAGGGGGAUGCCAUGGGGCACACUGCUCUUACAGAAAAGGAAAAGUACCACAUCAAGCCAAGAACAGCACACAGCCAGAUAAAUUCAAGAAAACAAAGCGUGACAGUUUGAGCGACUACGUGGCAUAUUUCACAAGCUUGUGGAAACCGAAGGUCUUAACAAAGAGAGAAAUCGAUGAUCAAUAUGACUUUAUUACGUCAACUGAGGGAUCCAAGGAAAAGUUAAGCUACAAAAAUAUGGACGUCGACGUGGUAAAUAAAAGAGACACUUCAUCAGAGCACAUCAACGGGAAUCUAAAGUUUAGAAGGGAAACAGAACAAGACGACAGAGAUGAUUCUAAAGGCGGAACACAAAAGAAAAAAAAGAAAGAUGUGGUUGUCAAUCGUCCUCCAAUAAUUUAUCAUCCUCCACCUGAGAUUUAUCACCGCCCAGAUAUAGUCGUUCACCGUCCUCCCCUUGUAAUACAUAGACCACCCAUUAUUUACCAUCAGCCACCAGUAAUUGUCCAUCGUCCCGCCGUGGUGUAUCAUCAACCGCCAAUUGUUUUCCAUCAACCGCCACCUGCUGUUAGUCAACCACUGCUUUAUUCUCAUGAUUCUUUCACUGUCCAUCCAUCAUUUUAUGCAACGCAUCAUGGCUCUGUUGUACGAGAUUUUGGACAUUAUGUAGGGGUGCCAAACGUUAUUACAAACUACGGAAAUCCACUGUUCGGAAGACCUCCACCCAUAGGAAAAAGAUCAAAAAUAGAAGGUUCCUCUACAUCAGAGAACGCAACUGUUGCAGACAGUAAAAAUAUAACAACAGCUGCCUCGAAAAGGACCUCUUUUGAGGACAACGCUAAGAAAGCAAAGAACGAGACAAACGAAAAAGCAGGAAAAAAGAACACCGUGAUCGUGAGACGACCUCCAAUAAUAUAUCACCCGCCACCUGAAAUUUAUCAUCGCCCAAUAAUUGUUGUCCAUCGACCUCCAAUAAUGAUUCACCGAGCACCUAUAUUUUACCACCAGCCACCCGUUGUUGUACAUCGUCCAGCAAUAGUGUAUCACCAGCCUCCCCUGGUAUUCCAUCAGCCUCCACCAAUGGUUCAUCAGCCAGUGCUGAAGUCCCAUGACACCUGGAUUUCUCACCCUGUGGUGGUGCCUUACUCUUCACGAGUGUUGCAUCACCACACAUACGUUGGUGUUCCCGACGCCUACACCGUUCAUCACUUUGGGGGAGGACACGGAUACUCAUUUUACAAAUCACAUAUUUUGAAACACAGCAAAUCUUUAGAGGAGGAAGCAUCCGCAAGAAACAAAAUAAGUGGUGAUACCAACUCUACAAAGUUAGAGGAAGAUUCCUCCCACAAAACUUUGCACUCAAGAAAAGAAAACGUUACUUCAAAACUAACAACCAAAAAGGCAAAGAGUCAAAAGGGAAGGAAGAAAAAUGCAGUUAUUGUGCGACGCCCUCCAGUGAUUUAUCACCCUCCACCCGAAAUUUAUCACCGACCAGAAAUAGUGGUUCACCGUGCUCCUAUCGUUAUCCACCGAGCUCCAAUUAUCUACCAUCAGCCACCCGUGAUUGUGCAUAGGCCCGCCAUUGUAUACCACCAGCCGGCUCUUAUUUUUCAUCAACCCCCGCCUGUAGUACACCAACCAGUAUUCAGGUCACAUGACACUUACGUCCACAGACCCUUAGUAAGACUAUACGGAUCUCGAAUGCAUCACGUUGGACACCUGUACCAUAUACCACAUGCAUAUUAUCACGGACAUGGCGGAGGUGUUCAUUACAUGGCUUAUGGAAAGUCCAAGGUACCUGCCAAAGAAAAGACUGAAGAAGAAAAAGGAGAAACAAGAGCCACUGUGAAGGGCAAGAGAGGCCACAGAAAGUCCAAGUCAAAGAAAACUGGGGCUCCUAGCGGACGAAAGCAUAUUCCUCUCACAAGGAGCAAAGACAAAACAGAAACAGGAACGAAGCUUCACAAAAGCCAUGGCCUCCAGGUGAAGUAUCACGAGGCAAAGGAGGUUACAGAGAAAGCAAACAAAAAGAACUCUGUGGUUAUUCACAGGCCGCCUAUCAUCUACCAUCCACCACCAGAGAUUUAUCAUAGACCAGAUAUUGUGGUACAUCGUGCUCCUAUAAUGCUUUAUCGUGCCCCAAUUAUCUACCAUCAGCCACCAGUAGUAGUUCACCGUCCAGCUAUUGUUUACCAUCAACCUCCAAUAGUUUUUCAUCAGCCACCACCAAUGGUCCAUCAACCAGUUCUGCAUUCACAUGAUACCUGGGUUACUAAGCCUGUUGUGAUUCCCUAUGCAUCACAUGUCCGCCACGUAGCAACAUACAAGGGUGUUCCUCAUGAAGAGAUAUUUAUGCAUGGGAUUGGCACUGGAGCUUUUGGAAAAUCUCAUGUUCCCAUGAAAGCCACCCGUAGAGACAAAGUUCACAGGAUUGAGGAGAAUGACCAGGAUUCUGCCGAGAAAACAAAGACAACAACAGAAUUGAAUAAGCCGUCCAAUGAAACACAAAGUACUAAGACGAAGCAUGCAGAUGAUACAAAGCAAAAUGAGAAGAAUAGCACUAAACUUGGAGCAGGAGAACGAAUUGCGCGAGCAUUGUCUGAUUCGCUGAUCCAUAAGCAGUGGGAGACGCGUAGUCCUGUCGGGGCCCAAACCAGAAUUCAAAGAAGCCUUCACAGCCUGCUUCCAUACUUCAGCGACCCAAUCGAAAGUAGGUAUUCCAGUGAAUUUUCCUUGUUUCCCCAACGACACAAUGUUAUUUCAGGAGAAGUACCAACAAGAAUUCAACGCUCCAUUGACGACGUUUGGAAUCCUUACACAAAACCACUGAUCAGCAGCGUUGAUAGUCGUAUGGGACCCAGUGCAAGGAUACAGCGAGCAUUAGCAGACCCUCGGACAACGUUUGAAGACAAGAAGUCAAAGAAAAGCUCUGGAGAAACAAAUCAUCACAGAAAGAGAAAGGAAAGCCGUAAGAAGAAGAAAGAUGUAGUCGUCAAUAGGCCUCCGAUUAUCUACCAUCCCCCACCGGAGGUAUACCACAGACCAGACAUUGUUGUACACAGAGCUCCUAUUCUUAUCCACAGACCACCUAUUGUCUACCACCAGCCUCCUGUCGUUGUUCACAGACCUGCUGUCGUUUAUCACCAACCUCCAAUCGUCUUUCAUCAACCUGCUCCAGCAGUCAAUCAACCAGUCCUGUAUUCACAUGACAGUUUUGUUGUUCAUCCAAUGGCUUUUGCAUCUCACAUGGGUUCUGUUGUGAAUGACGCUGGCCAUUACGUGGGCUUACCCCAUGGUGGGGUCACUAAUUAUCCGGGCAACAUCCUUCAUGGUCCAACGGGACACAUGUUUCCUACGUUAAACCAGGCACACUGGGCUCGACGAACAGAAGUUUCAAAACCACAGCGCGCAAAGCCUCUUAAGGUCAGAGAUAAGAAACAUCAACAACACCAGAAGCGCACGAGUGAGUUAAAGGAAGACGAACAUGGACAUUUAAGGGAAGCCCAGUCCACACCAACACGGCAGAAAAGCAAGCAUACCAAAGGUGAGAGAAAGAAUAAAGUAAUCGUUGCACGACCUCCUAUGAUUUAUCACCCGCCACCUGAAAUUUAUGACCGGCCAGAUAUUGUAGUGCACAGACCAGAUAUUGUAAUUCACCGACCCUCAAUCGUUUACCACCAGCCAUCUGUAGUAGUGCACAGAGCACCGGUGGUUUAUCAACAGCCUCCAGUUGUAUUUCAUCAGCCCUCACCUAUGGUUAGUCAGCCAAUUUACCAUGCCCAUGACACCUAUUUAGCACACCCGGUGUUUCACCCGCAAGUCAGCCACAUAGCGCACUCUUCAACAUAUGUAGGGGCACCCCAUCUCUAUCCUGGACAUAACGAUUACGGAUGGGGGCUUUCAGGACAUCUACCUGCAGUACAGACACCCCAAUACCACUAUGCAUCUAAUUACGGCUAUUAUGGUAUCCAUGGAUACACACCAUCCCCGGCAUAUGGGGCCUAUGGCUAUUCUUCGUAUGGACCUGCUUUUGGAAGAUCAGAAGUAGAAAAUAGCACAACUAAGUCAUUAAAAAAGGAAGACGAAAGGAAACAUUUCAAAGGCUCACUUCCGAAUAAGAACGUGUCUCGGAAACGGAGGUCAGCUGAAAUGAGCAAACGUCACUUUCAUCACCAUCAUCGCCAUCAUCAUCAUCACAGCCAACAUCACCGACACAGUCAUCAUCAUCGCGGAACUAAGCGCUUUUACCACCUUCGGCCCAUUAGUGCUUUUUCUCACUCAGGACAUCGCAAACACGUCAUUAUAAUACAUCGACCUCCUCUAAUUUAUCACCCAGCCCCUCAAGUGUAUAGACAGCCAGAUAUUUUGAUGCACUUACCACCACUGGUUUACAACAGGCCGGCAAUAAUGUUCCAACAACCACCGACGAUCGUUCAUCAUCCUCCAAUAAUUUAUCACCAGCCACCAGUCGUCUUUCACAAUCCGCCGCCGAUUAUUCACACUCCCGUGAUACACUCCCAUGAGAUCUUCACACCGCAUGCGCAGAACAUAAUGCUUCCUACGUCAUCUUAUUUGCAUCGUUCUGGGAAUUACCUUGGGUCUGUUCUUCAAGGAGCUGCUUACGGUAAAUCGAAUAUAGAGCGAGUGGAAACCUCCAGUUCCAAGAUCGAGUCUGAAACAAAGGAAAAGGGAGAAGUCCAGAAAACAAAACCGAACGAAAAAAGAGAGGCAAUCCACUUAGGUAGAGCCAAAUUGUUAAAUAAUGAAAAAGCAAAGAAACAGAACGUCGGUGUUGUAGUUCAUCAGCCACCAAUAGUAUAUCAUCCACCUCCUGAUAUAUUUGAUAAGCCAACUGUUGUGAUGCAUCCACCUCCAUUGAUUGUACACCGUCCACCCAUUCUUAUCCAUCGAGCUCCUGUUGUAGUGCACAGACCUCCCGUAAUAAUACACAGGCCUCCUAUAGUGCUGCACCAUCCAACACCCGUGUAUCACGUAGCACAAGGACAUCUUUUUAAUCCUAUGAGAUUUGCUUUUGGAAAGUCAUCCAUAGAAAAAGAUAACUCAACAGUAUCGAAAGAAAACCUAACUGGUAAGGGAGAGUAUAUUGCUAAAAGUACCAAGCCAAAAGGAAUUAAAGAAAAAUCUCAGGAUAACAAAGGUGAAAGGAAGAACUUAGUUGUUGUUCACAGACCACCAAUGAUUUAUCAUCCACCACCGGAGAUUUAUGAUCGACCAGACGUAAUAAUGCAUCGCCCAGAUAUUGUGGUACAUAGACCAUCAAUAGUGUAUCAUCAGCCCUCAGUCGUGGUUCAUAGACCUCCAAUAAUUUACCGCCAACCACCUAUUGUAUUUCACCAGCCUCCUCCCAUGAUUCAUCAACCAAUUAUGCAUGCCCACGAUACUUAUCUUGCCCAUCCUGUUCCUGUACCAUACACAUCCCAGAUUCAUCAUACAGCAACGUAUGUUGGAGCUCCACACUAUUUUCAUCAUCAGCCAUUCGGUGACUUUAUUGGCCAUGCUUUCGGAAAAUCCGCUGUUGAAAAGGUAGAGAAUAAAAAUACAACUAAGGACGAAAAAUUUAUCCAGAAGAAAACAAGCAAAGCCGGGGAAAAAUCUCACUCAAAGUCAAGGCGUGACAUACGCGAUAAAUACGAACCAAAAGCAAAGUCAUCAGAACAAUCGAAAGGGCACAAAAAAAACAAAGUUAUUAUAGCUCGGCCACCGAUGAUUUACCAUCCACCACCCGAGAUAUAUGACAGGCCAAACAUCAUUGUUCAUCGACCGGAUAUAGUUAUACACCGUCCCUCAAUUGUUUAUCAUCAAUCUUCCGUCGUUGUCCACAGACCUCCAGUUAUAUACCAACAACCCCCAGUAGUCUUUCACCAACCUCCACCAUUGGUUCGUCAGCCCAUUAUGCAUGCUCAUGACACCUACGUUGCUCAUCCUGUGCCAGUACCAUAUUCUUCCCACAUACAGCAUACAUCCACUUACGUAGGUAGCCCACACCAUUACCCUGGUGGAUGGAAUUAUGGCUGGAGCCAACCUCAAUUUUUUAGUCCCGCCUUUGGUAAAUCCAAAGUACCCAAGACGAAUUCUAAACCCUUAAAAGGACAAAAGGCUAAAGAGUCACAGAAAGAUAAGAUUAAAAGAGCAGCAAAAGAUGACCAAAGCAAAAACUUUAAGGCAAUAAAGCCCAAAUCAGAGAGAGCGUCUAAAAAGAAAAACCAGGUUGUUAUACAACGUCCACUACUAAUCUACCAUCCACCGCCAGAGGUAUAUCACAAACCUGAUGUUGUGAUGCACAGACCGGACAUAGUCAUUCACAGGCCACCAGUUGUUUAUCAUCAACCCUCGGUGGUGGUCCACAGGCCGCCAGUGGUUUAUCAACAACCGCCGGUGGUUUUCCACCAGCCAUCACCAACUGUAAGCCAGCCGAUUUUCCACGCUCGUGAUACUUAUCUCCCUCAUCCAUACUUUACACCCUACGCAACAAGCAUGUCUACUAGUGGAAACUACGUCGGGACACCUCACUUUUAUGGUAGUGGAUGGGGAAUGGGAGGUGAUAUGUAUGGCUUUCACAGUGCAUUUGGUAAAUCAAAUGUAGCCAAGGCUCACAAGAAACAAAAGAAUGUGAAGCAAGAGGACAAGAGGGUGGACAAGGGUAGCAAAAGAACUUUAGAACAGGAAGCAAAGAGCGCAGAAGACAAAUUAAGACUUAAAAACGAAACUAAAACAACCAUUAAAGGAAACAAAAAGAAUCUUGUAAUUAUGCGGCGACCUCCUCUUAUUUACCACCCACCACCAGAAGUUUAUCACAAGCCAGAUGUCAUCAUGCACAGACCAGAUAUCGUUAUUCACAGACCUUCAAUAGUUUUUCAUCAGCCUUCUGUGGUUGUACAUAGACCUCCAGUUAUUUACCAUCAACCUCCAGUUGUCUUCCAUCAGCCAUCACCUAUGGUUCACCAACCAAUCUUCCAUUCACACGACACCUAUUUGGCGCAUCCCCAUUUUGUUCCGUUCACGUCGCACGUUUACCAUUCCCAUAGCUACGUAGGUGCACCGCACUUCUACCCUGGUGACUGGGGAUGGGAAAGACACCACUACGGUUAUGGUUUCCAUCAUGCCUUUGGAAAAUCAAAAGUCGAGAAAGCAAGAAAAAAGCACAACAAGAGCAAAACGAUUGAACAUGAAGAGAGUAGAAGGACGCUUCAUGAAACUGAGGCUCGCAAAACUAAUGAAAAGGAAAGAGGAGAUAACUCCAAAGUCCACAAGAAAAAUUUAGUAGUAAUGCGUCGUCCACCACUUAUCUAUCACCCACCACCAGAAAUAUAUCACAGGCCAGACAUAGUUGUACACAGACCAGACCUUGUUAUUCACAGACCAUCGGUUGUUUUCCAUCAGCCAUCUGUCGUAGUACACCGUCCACCGGUAAUUUAUCAUCAACCACCAGUUGUUUUCCAUCAACCAUCACCAAUGGUACAUCAACCAAUUUUUCACGCACAUGAGACGUACUUGGCUCAUCCCCACUUCGUGCCCUUCAUGUCACAUUUAGCGCACGCUGGUUCUUACGUGGGAGCGCCACACUUUUAUCCUGGGCAUUUUGGACAUGGUAUCGGACAUUUUAUGGGGCAUGCUUUUUACAAAUCUAAAGUAGAAAAAGGGUCUAAAAAAGGAUCAGUGAGAACCAUUGAAAAGGGCAAGAAAGGGAAUGAAGUCAGCCAUUCGAAAGAGGCUCUCCGCAGCAAAUUCAAACGGGACACAUCUAAACCUUCAAAGACUCUAAAAAGCCAUUCUAAGUCCAAACUGUUGACGCACAUUAUUAAGGGAGGUACUCAAGGAGCAAAUAUUAAAAAACUAAGUGAAAACGCAAAAACGAAGAGCGUUCCUCUGCAUCCGCAAAAGGAGGAUAAAAAGCGUCACCGUAAAGGACAUAAAAAGAACAUGGUCGUUAUACAACGUCCAACUUUGAUUUAUCAUCCUCCCCCUGAAAUAUACGACAGACCUGACAUUAUCGUUCACCGACCAGAUUUUGUAAUCCAUCAACCAUCAGUUGUGUACCAUCAGCCAUCCGUUGUUGUCCAUCGUCCUCCAGUUAUCUAUAAUCCGCCUCCAGUUGUUUUUCAUCAACCUCCGCCUACGGUUCAUCAGCCAAUGUACACUGCACAUGAUAUGUACCGUAGCCAUCCCUCUUUUGUUCCGUAUUCCUCACACAUCAAACAUACUCAUACGUACGUUGGAGCACCUCACUACUACGCUGGAGGAUGGAGGUAUGGUUACGGUUUUUCAAACAACGCUAUACCCCACAUGAGUAGUUGGCAUAGAUGGAACGCUUUCCAAAGUCCAUGGUAUUCACCUUCACUAUACAGAGCAAACUACAUUGCACCCACUAUUCCGGCAAAUCGGAGAGUUUUGCCUCGUCCCAACCCUGUAGCAUUUAGCAAGUCCCAUGUUGAGAAACACACCGACAAAUACCAGGAACUCAGUAAAACCCACGAAAAGUCUAGGGAAGGAAAACAUAUCACAAGCCUUCAUCAUUCUAUCAAGAAAGCAGGAGUGAGAAAGCCACGUUCAAUAGAAUCCAAUAGAAUUGUAACAACAACUUACCAUUCUUUAAAGAAUAAACUUCACAAAAAGGGUCAUCAGAAUGGAAAAGGUGGUAAGAAGAAUCAGGUAGUAAUAAGAAGGCCACCACUUGUAUAUCACCCACCGCCAGAGGUGUAUCAUAGGCCAGAUAUCAUUGUGCAUCGCCCUGAUAUCGUACUCCAUCAACCUUCCGUUGUCUAUCAUCAACCUUCCGUUGUGGUUCAUCGUCCUCCUGUUAUAUACCGACAGCCACCAGUAGUAUUUCAUCAACCAGCACCAAUGGUAAGACAACCAAUUUUCCAUGCACAUGAACACUACAUGGCUCACCCUGCAUUUGUUCCUUUCACGAGUCAUGUCCAACAUAGUGGAACUUACAUAGGAGCUCCAGGCUUUUUCAAUGACGGGUGGAACUAUGGAUACGGUCAUGCUUUUGGAAAAUCGCACGUGAUCAAAUACAAAUCUAAGUCAGAAAAAACAAUGAAAAGGAACAGGAAACAGGAAACCAGAUAGGAGAGAAGAAAGGGAAAUAUUUUACAUCCUCAAGAGGCAAAAGACGAGAAAGCAUCCAGAAAGAAUGACAUAGUGGUAAGCCGUCCCCCAAUCAUUUACCAUCCACCACCUGAAAUUUAUCAUAGACCAGACAUCGUAGUUCACAGAGCGCCAAUAGUGCUUCAUCGUCCACCUAUAAUCUACCAUCAACCACCAGUCGUAGUGCACCGACCUGCUGUUGUGUAUCAUCAACCACCCAUAGUAUUCCAUCAACCACCUCCCGCAGUUAACCAGCCUAUUCUACACUCUCAUGAUUCAUUUAUUCUCCGUCCUGCAGCCAGAUUCCUUCCCCAAGGCUCAACGGUAACACACAGUAUGAGCUAUGUAGGAAUUCCAAACCAUGUAAUCCAUGGAGAUGAGCUGGAUUUUCAUCACUUCCAUCGGUCUCAUAUUGAACGUUCCUCGAAAGGUAAAUUCAACUGGAAGUCAUCAAAACCUCAGAUAGCAAAGUCGACAAUCUCGAAAACACCUACAACUAAAACUGAAAACACUGAAACGAUCAUCACCGACCAAACUCAGAAAAAGACUUUGCGAUCUACAAUAAAUCACCACCCACUCACGAAAAGACAGUUUAUGGGCUCUCACCCACUAUAUGGACCUGUUUCUCCAAUUAAUGAUGUAGAAGAUCUAUACAAGUCCAUUGAACAAAAAGAAAAGAUGUCUAUUAUACCAGGGAACACCUCAAUCCGCGAACAUGAAGUUGCAAAGCGAUCCCAUAAACCAAGUCAUCACAUGACCAAGAGACAGUUAAUCUUACCAGAAUCUGCCGGAAGUGUGUAUCACAAUUCAAUACCCUCAGUUUACAAUCAACUUGAGACAGCUGCUCUACAGAAUCAAGCUUUAAUGGAAGAGCAGGGGAUACCUAAUCCGGACGGAAUCAAUAUAGAACAUUUGCCUGGUUUUGCCGCUAACUUAAAAGCUAUUCAGGAGCUUGAAGGAGCUCCGGUCGCAGCGUCGCGUUUUUCAAUACCAUUGCAACAAUACCUGCCCGCAGCUCCAAAGGAUGACCCUCCCGAUGUUCGUGUUCACGUCGAAACGGCAAAAUCCUCCAUACCGCUUAGAAAACGUGGAAAACGUCAGCUCGUUCCAUUAUAUCAGCAGCAAGGUCCCGUAAUUCCGAGAUUUCUUUAUCAAGCUCAAAACCCUGGAAGUGUUGGAGUCAUACACUCUCCUGCCCCAUCAUCUCUUUACAACCUCUUCAAUGCAUACCAUCCUGCUUACCACACCAUACCAAAUCCACUGAGCUAUUUAUCUAUGGUUCCGCAACUUCCACAUCGUCCCCAUGUAAAUAUAAAUGUACAGUCUGCAAGGUCUGCAAUACCAGUGCAUGUCCUUCAAAAACGAUCUAAGAGGCAACUACUAGCCCUUACUCCACCAGUCCCAAGAGUUAUGCCCGUUGGAUUUGAUGGAACUGGAUUAAUUCGUAACUAUCCUACAUACUCGCCUUUCGCAGCUAUUUCCCGAUUUUCACUUCCACUUUUGACAAACUUCAAAUAUGCUGACGACUCCGUUCCCUCAGAGCCUGGAUACCCAGAAGUACUACCCUUGUUUCAUCAAUAUCCAAAACAAUUGCACAGGCUAUAUAACACAUUAUCGCAAGAUGGAAGCAGUGACUCGCCACCAAUUAACCCAUGGGCCUCUUAUCUAGCAGCCCUUUACAGUAGCUUCCUUGGUUAUCCCCUUUAUCACCGCCAUCAUAAACCUAAAGUCCGCGUUGAAGUCCAAGCAUCCAAAUCACAUAUACCCAAAGUCUUAAAAACAGAAAACAAGCACACUGUUCAUUCCCGAGCUCCCAUUACCAAAAGACAGUUACUUAAUUACAUACCGGAAUCCUCAUUCACCGCAGGUCACUUUACCUUACCACCAGCAUUAAAUUAUGGAAUGCAAGGGAUUCCUUUACAACGCUCACCACGAGUAAACAUCAACGUUGAAACGACAAAAAAGAACAGAAUUCCCGCGGUUAAAGAGUCAAAAGGAUCCACAAAACGAGGUAAUAUAAAACAUCGCCAAGUAAACAAAACUGGAGAUAAAAGAGACGAAAUGAUAGAUGGAGAAAAAAAUGGCGCAGAUAUGUUCCAAAACCGAGGCAACCCUGACUUCGCUAACAAUCCAGAAAACCAGUUUGUUGCUACAAGUGAAACAGCUGGAAGUGAAGAGGAACCUACAUCCAAUAAUGAAGGCCAGCCUCAAAGUCAGAGUGAAAAUUUCCAGCAGCAAUCGGAAGAAGAAGCGGUCGGACAAAGGCAGGAUCUACAGCAAAACUCUGAACAGCAACUGUUGCCAUCUCAAGAUCAACCUGUCAUGGAACAGACGACAUCGCAACCACAAGCCUUACGUGCAUAUAAUGUACCAUUGCAACUGCCAGUGCAACAGCCACUGCAAUCGGCAUUCCAGGUACCUUUCCAAGCACCAUUUGUGGUUCCUUUUCAAGGUAGGCUGCCUAAUGCAUUACCAGUAGCUCCUGCCAUCCCUGUCGCAGAACAGCCAUCUUCUCAACAAGAGACAGAACCUGAAGUUGUUCAACCAAAACAUACUUCCAUUAGUGUUAAUGUUGCAGAAAAAUCGACGGUUCCAAAGAAAAGGUCAAAGAAAAGAAAACAUCCACUUCACAAACGACAGUUUCUACCUGUAACACAAGGAUAUGUUCCCGCCUAUAGAGUUCCUAUUCCUUACAACAGUAAUGCACCUCUGCCUGACCAAAAAAGGCCUCGAGUGUCUAUCAGCGUACAAACAGCAAGAAGAUCAACAGCGCAACAACCUCAUAACAAGCGCCAAAGCAUUUCACUUUUGACGAGAUUUCCAGCUAUGCAAGUUCUGCCGCAAACUUUUAAACAGAAUGGCAUUAUGAUGCCCGCUUUUAACACCUUACCAAUAAAUCAUAAACUAAAGGCAAAUGGAAUGUUGAUAGAAGAGUUGCAGAGAAAGAAAAAAAACAAGAUUCAAGAGGCAUCCAGAGGAUUCAAAACAGGAAAGAGUGGCCAAAUAAUGCAAAAGGCGAAAUUAAGCACGCCACUAAAAAUGAGUUGGUAUCGAAGAAGAGAAAAUGCAAAGAAACGCCAAUUCUUUGCUGUACCGCAAUCACUUUCAGCAUUUCAGCGGUAUCCAUUACUUCUCCGUCCAAAGCUUCACCCAAGACCUCGUGUUUCAGUAAACGUGGAAGUUUCAAAGAGAAAAUUUGACUUUCAAAAGGGCAAAACACAAUCAAAAAGUGUGAAAAGUAACCCGGAGGAAACAGAUGGUCGUAUAUUUGACAAAUCAGCACGAAAGAGACAGGUGUAUGGAAUAGAUCACCUGCGGCAAAUGGUGCACCUCCCGGUUGUUGGCGCACCUAUCCUUACCCAAAGCCCCGUAGCCAACCAACGACCCCGUGUGUCAAUUCACGUGGAAACAGCAAAGAAAAAGAAUAGACUCUCACGCAAAAUAGAUCACCGUAAAGAAGCCGAAAGAAAAGGAAAAAGACAAAUAUAUGGUCUAUCCGAGCUGCCACACGAAGGGUUACCUGUUACCAUUGCCGGUCAAGGACAAGCACUUAAUCGAUAUUUUCCCAACACUGAACACGAUCCACACGUUUCUGUCAAUGUGGAGGCCUCAAAGCGAUCGGAUGACGAUGACGAUAUGAUGCAUAAGCGGCAGGUAUUUCUCCAACCUGUCGAACAGGAUCAGGAACAGGUUGCAAUGACUAAUGGAGAUGAAUCAAGUCAAUCGCAGGAGCCGAAUCAAGUUGGUGUCAUACAAUCACCCACUCCAGAAAAGGAACAACUUCACUCCUUACCGACACUAAUUCAAUCAAACUCAGGUGUGACCGAACCACAACAAGUGGAAGAGUUAUCUCAAAGUGAAGCCUUACCUUCUCAGGCCGGUUUGAGUGAAACUGAUAAUGAGCGACCGCGGAUUUCAGUUCAUGUUGAAUCAUCUAAACGAUCACAAUAUGAAAGACAACGCAAAGUAAAUGGAGUUAUCGGACCAAAACUCCGCACAGCCCCUUGGAAAGGAUCUAAAAGACAGCUUCAGCGACAAGACCUACAACGCGAAGAUUACGAGCCCGAGCAAGAAACAACUGCUGCAAACCUAGGGGAUUUACUCCAAGACCAAAGACCCCGCGUAUCUGUUGAUGUCAACGUCGCCAAAAAGAAACACACUGUCACAGGGACUUCCUCUUUAAAGAAGAGAAAGUACCAUGGUCACACGGCCAAGGCUAGUAAUCCUGCAAGGAGGCAAAUCACAGUUCCGUUUGGGGGAGGAAUAAAUGCAAUUCAAGUGGAUCCCAAUCAAAAUACUCAGUUUAUGAUAGGAAAAGACCGGAACGAAAACGGGCAAGGUGCUCAAGAGGCUCCGAUGUCUUUUCAGUCACAAUUACAAGUCCCUGAUGAGCAACAACAACAGCAGCAGCAGCCGACACAACAGAUCAUGCAACCAGUCGCAAUAUUACAACCUGAUCAACAGCAGUUUCCAGCGCUUCAACGGGCAAUAAUGCCAGAUGCCAAUACUGUGGAAGAAAAAACACGACCAAAAGUCAGCAUAAGUGUUCAGACAGCAAAGUCCUCAAUAUCUAAAAGAAAAGAUCACGCGAGGGACUCGCACUCUCUCAAUGAGCCGCAAGUAAAACAAAAGUUAAGACGUCAGCUUUUUGGCACCGUCCCACUUCUUAGUUCGCUUGGACAGUCAACAUUAAAUGGCGCAUCUAAGGAAAAUAAAAGGUCAGGUGAACCACUAUCCACGCGAGAAACACCAAGUCAUAUUCAAGAUGGAGACCGUUUAUGGAAACGUCAAUUGUUUAAUUAUCUAGGAGGUCAACAGGAACCCCAAUUUGUGCCUACCCAGUCACUGCAAAGUUCCAGUGAUACUCAACAACAGGGGCAAGCGCUACAAAUACAGCCCAUUCAAGCAAUGCCACAAGAUGACGGGGCACAACUUUCAUCAUUCAACCUACCACAAGCCUCUCUAAUACAGACAAGCGAUCAAGGGUCUUUACAGACAUACCCAACCCAGGUAGAAGCCCCAGGGAGCACUGAACAGGCUUCAACGACGGCUAUUCAACCAGUUGAGUCCUCUAAUAACCUAGACAGACCAUUUCAGAGGCCUCACGUGAGCAUUAAUGUGCAAACUGCUAAAUCUCAGGUGCCAAACCCACGUAAAUUAUUCCACGAUCAUGCAUUAAAAGAUAACGCUGUGAAUUCGAAACAUAACACAGGGAAGGGUCAAGAAAGGAAGAAAUUCAAAAGACAGCUGGAUAUUCUCGGUGGUGGAAUGAUUGAAAGGAGACGUGGCCCAAAACUGUUGGGAGGUCUUAAGAAACCAAGGCCAGAAAACUUGUUCGGUUUGGGUAACAAUCUAAACAAGCCCGUCGAGGUGUUCACGGAUCCCAUUUCCAACCUAAUUGGUGGUGGUGCCGGAAGAAAGAGACCGAAGCUUGGAGGAAUAAGGUUAGAGAGCCCUACAGGCGUUGGAGCUCUUCCCCUUAAAGGAGCUGCCGCUGCGUUAGAGAGUGCGCUUCCUCCUGAAUUGGGUGUAUCCAAUACACUUCAAGACAGCCCAACAGAGGCAGUUGCCCCGUUUACGCAAGAAACUAGAAUUGCUAAUGAGCCCUUGUUUCGUCCCCCAAGUGGAAUAGCAGGACCUCAACUAGACGCACUGGAGAGAGAAGGUGAUAGAGCAAAUGAUGUUCCAUUAAAUGAUCUGCCUUCCAUGAGACCAGCAGUACUCCCUCUGCCAUCGAUCAAUCGGGUCUUCCUACCAAAUCUAGAGGUUCCGCAGGCAGCGCCGCCGCAGGUGAAUCCACUGCUUCUGACACCAAGGGUGUUACCAAUUGGGCCCAUACUUCCCAUCGCAUCACCUGCACCUUUACCACCACCAGUGGAAGAGACUGAACCCACAGAAGUUCCACAGGCCCCUCCUCGCUUCGCACCCUUGCUUCCACCCAUUUUUCCCCUGCCAGGUCCUAGUAUCGCACCGAAUCCCGCCUUAACUGCCCCAGACAGUUUGCUACCUGAACCAGAAGAUGAUAAACCAUCGGUGCAUGUUAAUGUGGAAACAUCAAGAUCGAGUGUUCCUGAAACGGGUCGCCACUCUAAACAGCACGCAAACAGCCCAGCCAAACGUGGCUAGGCUGAGAGAGAAAAUAUUGCUCGAGGGCUUAGUGUGGAUGUACACAAAAAAAUUCAAACAGAAGAAUAAAGGAAGACAACGUCAAGGAGCUGUUAUAAAUGAUACGAAAGCCUUAAAAUCUGUGGAUACUUUCAACAACCUCAACAUGAUUCCUAUCCCGUUGCAAAAUUGUUCAUCUUUUUUUUUUGAGAGAGAAGUGGCCGAAAAUUGGACAAACAUAGCUUAACAGACGUCUUAACAGACCAGGACUUGAACUUGAAUGAAAUAAUUUGGAAAUACAUGUAUGAUUCGAAAUUGUCCAUGUUCAAUGAGACAGCACGAACAAAUAUAAGUCUGAGCCGUUAUCAAUAAUGCUACCGGCAUAAAAUACUUGUUUUUCUGUUGCAACAACAUUUAGUUGACAGUUAGAUCUUAUUUCAGUGACAAUGUUAGCGCAUUCUUUCUAAGAAAGCAUAUUGAUUUCGAAACGCCACACUGGUGUUGCUUUUCUGUUGUCACUGCUUAUCGAGUUAAAAUCGAGCAACGACGUUUUUCUUGAAAGCCCUUUUGCAUGAAACGGUCCGUUUGUUCUUGCGUAAAAAUACCUGAAAUGCCAGAACUAAAAGCAAACGCACACCAAAGAGGAAGUACUAACUGAAAGUAAUAUUGCAAUGGUAUUUUAUGUAUGAACAGAAAACAUCAGUCUCGUGCAAGUUGGCUUUUCUAUCAAAAUAUUAAGAUUUGAACCAGAAAUCUUUUAGCUAUACCUAGGUUAUGAAACAUCAUGUUAUUCGCUUUGAUAUCCAGGGAUUCAAAGCCACUUACUGCCGGACGUUACCUGCAAUAUUGUUCAAUUUACAUGUGUGAUAAUAACAUUGAAUUUCUUUUCGUUAAUGUGGCAAGCAAGUAUCCCAGCGCAUGGAAUAAAACGAGUCAUGGAGUAUCAGAAACAUUUUCUAUGAAUAAACACGUCGAUAAAGUUAUGUCAUUUUAGAGACAAUUGUGACAAUAAAACAUUGAAUUUUAAUUAAA